AUGGGUACGGCGAGUCGCGAUUUCGAGCGCGAUCGGGAGGACGAGAUCCACUGCCGAAUUUGUGCUAGUGACAUACCAAGAAACGACGGGGUCCACAUUUUCGCUGAGGAUGGUAGACGGCACUACCUGCAGACCAAAAUACGAAAAUAUCUCUACAUCUUGGUGUCCUCUGAAGAUAAAUUAUCAAAAAUGGUAUGUGUUACGUGCAUUAAAAGAUUAGAAAGUAUUCAUCGCUUUGCUAUGAUGGCAUAUAGAACGCAGGAGAAGUUAAAAUCUCAGUUAUAUAGUAAUAGUGAUGAUACAAAUAUACAGGAUGUAGAAAGAGAAAGUGUUAAAGAUGUGCAAAACACAAGAAGGAUAGAAGACCGGGGAUUAUUACAUACAAUAUUAACAAAAGGGGCAAUAGAAAUUUUGGCUGAAGGCGAACCACUGGGACCAUCAGAAUUAAUGUCACAAGAUGAUAAAUGUCAUACUCCAAGUAUGGAAGAAAUGGAAGUCAAGGUAGACCCAAUGUUAUUUUUACAGUAUGGUAUGGAGAAUUCAGCAUCAGAAACUUCAGAAGCAUCUGAUACAGAAGAAAUAAUAACAAAAACAAACUCCCCAGAACCAUUACCAUUAACAAAUAAAAUUGAUGAAAUAAAAAAGGAAACAAAAGAAGAGAGCAAUGAUAAAUUACAAGAAGAUACUGAAGAACUUAUUUCUAAUGUAUCAACUAAACCUCAUGAAUGUACAAUAUGUGCUCGAUCCUUUAUAUCUCAAAUUGGUUUACAAAAUCAUUUAUGGUCCCAUUUGCCUAAAGAUAAACGACUUGAUGGGAAGCCUAUUUUAAGAUCCCAACAAGUGUAUUCUACUAAUGGUGUACUUCAUAUGAAUACCGAUAAUAAUUCAUCAAGCAAUUUUAUCUGUCCAAUUUGUAGUAAAAAAAUUUCUACUAAAGGAAAUCUAAAAGUACAUUUGGAAACUCAUCGGCCUAAGGGAAAAUAUGGUUGUGACAUAUGUGGUAGAAUCUUUAAAACACAGUCAAAUUUAUUCAGACACAAGGAGUACCAUGGAGGAAUACAAUUUCCAUGCAAUGUAUGUGGGAGAGUUUAUCCAACAAAUUCUACAUUACGAGCUCAUAGUAUAACGCACUCGGAUUUGAGGCCGCACGCGUGUCCUCUUUGUGAUAAAACCUUUAAAAGAAAUCAAGAUUUAAAGUUUCACAUAAAUCAACAUACAGGUGCAAGGCCUUAUCAAUGUCCAUAUUGUCCGAAAGCUUUCGCGAGUUCUGGAAAUUGUUUCUCACAUCGUAAAAGAAUGCAUCCUCGAGAAGUACAUCGAGAUAGACAAAGAGCAGCAGAUUUAAUGAGAUGAACCAUGGGUAACCAAUACGAAGAAUGGUUUUAGAAAAAUAAAAUACUUUACGAUAUUAUCGUAUCCAUGUGUAUUAGCUAUUGGAAUGAGAAACAUGAGCUUUAAUUUUGAAUAUUAAUGGUGCUAAAACGCAAGGAGCAACGGAACUUUUGUAUACUUUAAUUGAGUCGUUUGAACAUAGUACUAGGUACUUAUUGUUAUUGACAAGCACUUAGUUGUUUGUUCUUAUGGCGUAACUAGGUCUUCUUUACAUAUUAUAAAAUAGAAACAAAUAUAUAUUUUUCUUAAUUUUUUAACUUAUUGAUGUUAUCAAACUUGAUAAUACUUCCAUUGUUGUUGAUGAAUUUAGUGAUUAUUAUUUAUUGACUCAUAUAUAGUACAAGUGAUAAUAACGAUAGGUUUUAAACUUUCUAGUUAAAAUAAGAAAUUCGUAUUUUUUACCGUUUAUCAAUAUUUAACUUGUAUACAUUUUCUUCUGCAUAUUUAAGGGUAGAAGUUAUAGACCACCCUUGCUACCAUUUCUUAAAAACGAUUUUAUGACAAUGCGAUCGUUAAAAAAUUAUACAUAAAGUAAAAUUUUAUUUUACAUGCCCAUCGUUAACGACGUAAUGUCGAACAUUAUUCAGUCGAAGAGCAGUAUUAUUCAAAUAAUUUUCAAUGUAAUACAAAUUAACCCAUCGGUAAUGAACACAAUGAAGUAUUAAACUUUAAAAUUAAGAUUAAAGUGUAUCUCUCGUAAUUUGCGUAAAAAAUUGACUAGUAAAGAAAAUUUAGUAAACGUAAGAUAACUGUGAUUUUUUAUAAAUCGGUGGUAUAUUAGAAAAUUCAGUCAUAUCCGAUGGGUUUAAGUAUAUAUGUAUUGGAUAUUGUAGAUAUAAAACAAAAUAAUAAUAGUAACGUAACUACUUAUUUCCGUACGCUCAAAAUUUGGUCUAAAUUUGACAAAAUAUAAUUUUUUUUAAUAUUUAAAUACGAAUAAGGAAUUUACAAUAUUUUUUGAAACCUUGAACGGGUACUCUGUAUAUUGUAUGUGAUAUUUUUAAGCAACAUGUACUUAGUAUAUUUUCAAGAGACAAAAGGUACAAAGGGUUGGACGUUGAAAUUAUUUGAUAUUUAUUUCACGAUUGUUGUGUCACCGAAGGAACGAUUUUAUUUUUUUCUUGCGAAUAACGUAAAUGGAUUUGAAUGGUGAUGAACGUUCUAAAAAAAGGAACGUGUUAUUUUGUCCAUAUAAAAAGAGCUGUUUAACGAUAUUUGAUAAAGUAUUUAUAUUUAUGAAAUGAUUAAAAAAUGACCAAAGGCGAAAAAA